AAGGCUUCCUCCCUGGCACCCAGCCAUGAAGCUCCUUUUUCCUGUCUUUGCCAGCCUCAUGCUUCAGUACCAGGUGAACACAGAAUAUUUUGGCUUGAAAAGGUGUUUAAAGGGUUUUGGGAGAUGCAAGGACCACUGCAAUGCAGAUGAAAGACAGGUGCAGGAAUGCAAGAAGACAAAAUGUUGUAUUGGACCCAAAGUGGUUCAGUUGAUAAAAAACUACCUGCAAUAUGAAAUUCCCCACAUACUUGGCGAAGACACCCAAGAAAUGCUACACACUACCAAGAAUUCCAGUGCUGUGAUGCAAACAAAACAUAUUUUAUCUGGGGUUCUCCCCAAAAUCAAAAACUCCAGCUCUUUUGCCAAUACCAACUCCAUCGUCAUCCCAAAUGCCAUCUCUGCAAACUCUGCCACCACCAACACCAGGACACCAGGACAUAACACAUACACUGCUACUUCUACCAAGAAUGACACCAAGAAAAGCAAAGAUUCUGCUGUUUUCCCACCACCAGCACCACCUCCCCCAUAA